AUGAAGACUUCAGGACUCUUGGCAUUGGCCAUGGCGGGUGCCAGCCUUGUAUUCGCUGUAGACCUGCAAGAGCCUGCGCAGACUCCCGUCUUAGACCAGCAGACUCGUCAAGGCUGCUUCAAGUCUGUUGGUAACAUGACACAAGUAUUUUCGGGCACGAAAACAUCAAGUGGUUAUUGUUUCAACCUAUGCAAGAAGAAAUACAACGCUUUCGCACUGCAAGGGUCGGCGUGCUAUUGCGGUAUGCUCUACCCUCCAGAUGACGACCUGGUCGACGACGAUAAAUGCAACUGGCCGUGUCCUGCUUAUCCUAAGGAGGCAUGUGGUGCUCUCAAGACAUAUUAUUCGAUUUUCAACACUGGCCUCGAGCUAGCACCCGACAGCUAUAAGCCGGAAGAGUCUUCAACAACCGCUGCUCCUUCAUCUACUAAAGCCGCUGAGAGCACUGCUGCCGAGGAAUCUGCUGCCCCAACAGGAAGUCAGGAUGCUGCUACUACUUCGGAAGCCCCUUCUGAAGAGAAGAAGAGUGGCCCCAACGUGGCCGCCAUUGCCGCUGGUGUCGUUGUGGGCGUGGUCGUUGUUGCUGCUAUUGGAGGCGGUGCCAUUUUCUUUGUCCGCCGACGACGCAACGCUGAGAUCGAGGAGGAGCACCGCCGAAACGCCGCCGUAAACGCUUUUAUCAAUGGCUCUAAGCCACCUGGCAGCAGCGGCAGCAUUUCCAUGACUGAUUCCCGCCUGGAUCCUGUCAUGGCUCACCGACGACUCAGUGAUGGUAGCAUUGCUGAUAAUCAAGAUUACUCUCGAAGAAUUCUACGGGUUACCAACGCUUGA